UAGCAAUUCACAUUUACCAAAAGGAACUGCAUGCAACGCCAUCGUCAUGCGAUAGGAGACGAAAAUUAAAAUCAAAAUAAAAUCCGCCUGCAAACUUUCAUACCCAAACAGUCGAUUGAGCGAAGCCGAGAUCUCUUGGCACCAUGUUCUCGGCCACCCUGGCGCGGAGGCUUGCCACGGCAGCAGAAACAUCUGCCUCGGGCGCGAAGAGCAGUGGCAAGCUCUACAUAAGUCGAUACCCAGCCAAGAAGGUUUGGCCGCCAGACUACUCCAAGCUGACGCCCCAAGCCCAGCUCAAGUAUGAAAAGAAGUACAAGAGGAGAGUUGCUAUGCUCUCGGAACGACCGCGUUGGGACCGAUUUGUCAAGCUCGCGCAGCUUCUCUCCGUCACGUCCAUUCUGGCAUACGCCAUACUCUUCAUGAAAUGGGAAGACGAGAGACACAAUCCUUUCUUUGGGAUCAAAAAGGGCUUCUGGGCGCAGUUCGGAUACACUCUUGACAUGGGGACCAAAACGCCCAUGCAAAGCACAACAGCGCGCCCGGAUUUCAACAAGAAUCCCCAGUAAUUUUCUUGCCACACCUCCCUUUGCCUCCACUUGUACAAUAUAAUGUAGCCAUUAGCAUUCAGCAUAAGCCCAGGUGUACUGCUUUCUUUUCCACCAUCGGACCCGCUCCUGUUGUGCACCUGUAGCUUUCUAUCAGGACCGGGCCAGCUCUUCGCGUAUACAAAUCCUGUUCCAGGUCGCGGUGACAGAACACUUUAUCUCAGUCCUGUAGUUGGC